UCCCCAGGUCUCUAGGUCUCCGUCCCCUCCCCUCACUGGUUCCCAUAGAGGUUACAGGAUGAAUAGAGGUUGGGUGAGGUCUUGCUGCUGCUCUCCCAGCCCUGAUUUUCUUCUCAACGGCAGCUUUUUCUUGUCCUGUCUCCUUUCAACUGGUUAUGACAAAGUGCAUGGGACGCUGUCGUUGAAGUAUACCUCUGUAACACAAAUACAUUGCUUGUGAGCUCAAAGAGUUACCAUUACAGGCUUUGCCUUUUGAUUUUUUUCCUCACAGAGCUGAUCCAUUUUAUUACUCAUUUAACAAAAGUAUUAACUACAUCGAACAUAUAGAAAAAUCCAGAAAAUAACACUCACUAGGUACUCAGAUCUAAAAUACGUUAACAUUUUGCCACAUUUGCCUCCAUUGUUUUGUUUUGUUUUGUUUUUUCAAGAUACAGUUGACACAGUUGAGACCCAUUCUUGUCCUCCUCCUAUUCCUGCCCUUCCCUCAGCAGAAGCAAGCACCAAAUGGAAGUUUAUGUGUAUCCUUUCUGUUCAUGUGUUUAAUUAUUUUAUAUCUGUUUAAGCAGUGUACAGAACAAUAAAAGAAUUGACUGCUUUCAAAAUUUUAUUAUUCAGUAACAGUAACAUUUAUACAUAAAUGUGAUGUGCACCAAUUUGUAGAGUUUCUCUUCGACACGACACUUAAUUUUGUAUGUCGGAGUCUGCUGAAGUUGGUUGUUUGUUGCUGCAGUGCAAAGGUCAUGCGUUACCAGACAAUGAAUACAUACCCAGCAGUCACCAUUACCAUUGGUGCAAUAAGAUGGAACAGAAAGGAUACAUCUUAAAAGAACACAAGGCAGCCACCUCUGCAGAGGAAGCAGUGAGGCAAAUUCGUGUCCUUGUUUAUAAAAGUCCCAGGAUGUGGAAAUUAAGGAAGGCAUCCCUCAGCCUACCAUCUGGAGCAUUUUCCAUAAAUGGAGACUAAUCUGUUUAACCUGUUGCAAGCCCACAUUGAGACUGUUAACGCAAAUUGAUACAAGUCUUGCUGCAGGUUUCAGGGUCACAGGGAAGUGCAAAAAGUGGAAAAAUGGAUCAUAACCUCCACAUACGUGGGACAUUGAAAAACAACAUUUUACAAUGGAACUUUUCAGGGAUUCACUGAAAGUAAAUCUUUUGUGCCACGUGAAGCACACAGGUCUUCAUCAGUUCCUUUUUGCCAAAGAUCCAUCAAAUGGAAAUGAUGGUAUAAUCAUGGACACAAUGAUGGAAUGGUUUUUCCCACAGCUGCAAAAUCUCCAACAUCCCCAUUUUCCAUCAGGAUGAGGCUCUGCCUCACUUCCAUUAUGCAGUCCAGAGUUUCUUAAUGUACACAUUUCAUGGUAUGGAUUGGAUAAUGCUCAAAAAGUUGACCUGCCUCUGGAAUAUUGGUCUCCAGAUCUCCCACCAUGUGACUUCUUGUGAGGCUGUGUCAAGAACCCCUGUGUUUGUACCACUUCUUAUAGCAUUGAGGGAAUACCAUUUCAGCUAUGAACAGUGUGAUGUGUUUGUUACAAAGGGCCUAAAUGAAAUGGGCUACAGGAACGUGUGCCUUGUGACAAGAAAGGUAUUUACUGAGCAGUUUUAAGAUUAGAAAAAUCCCUGUAAUGGUUCCUUUUGCAGAGUGUUUAUUGGCUGCAUCCUAGUUAGCAAGUAAUACAUUUUUGAAAGCGUUCAGUUCUGUUUGUUGGAAACCAAAUUAAUUGAGGGUAUCCUACAUGCAAUAAAAUGUACAAAUUUUAAUUUUGAUGACAAACGUUAACUACCUUAAUAAAGAUACGAAACACUUUACUAAACCCAGAAGCUUUCCUCAUGCCCUUUUCCAGUGAGUACUCCUUCCCCCAGUAACCACUUCUGUGUUUUCUGUCACUAUAGACUACGGUAAAUAACCAUUUGCCUAUUUUAGGACUUCAUAUAAAUGGAAUCAUUUGGCAGAUACUCCUAUGUGUCGGUCUUUUUUCAUUCACAUUUCUUAAGAUAUAUCCAUGUCGUGGCUUGUAUCAGUUCAUAUUUAUGCCAUUUGUUCUUCUUUUGAAUCACUCUAUAUAGUAUAAGUUUGUUUCUUAACUUGUAUGUAAAAGUUACAAUACUGCACUUUUACAAAUUUUUGAGAUAGGUAAUUCAUUGGUUUAAUUGCCAUAUAUAAUGUUACAUUGUAAGAAUAUGCCGCAGUUUUUUUUUUUUAAUCCUCUUCCUUAUUCAUGGACAUUUAGGUGGUCUCAUUUUUUCCCUCAUUUUAAACAAUGCUGCCACAAAUAUUAGUGGGCACUUGAGGGAGAGUUUGUCUACUGCAUGUGUCUAAAAGUGCAAUUGCCUGUUUGUAGAAUCUGCGUGUCUUGUCUUUACCAGAUAAUUGCCAUAUUGCUCUCCAGAAUUGAAUAGCAGUUUACCUCAUUGCCAAUAGGGUUUAAAAGUCUCUGUGUAUCCAUAUCCUCACCAACACCUGGUGUUGCCCGACUUGUUUGCCAGUCGGUACUUGUAAAAUGGUAUUGUAUGUCAUUGUUAAUUUAUUUUGCAUUUCCUUAACCACUCUUAUUGAUUCAUUAGACUGCUAGGUUUCCUCUUCAUUUAACAGUUUGUUCACCUCUUUUCCCCAUUUAUUUUUUCAUAGCAUUAUCUGUCUCUUACUGAUCUGGGGGAGUCUAUGUAUUCUGGAUACUAAUCCCUUGCUGAUUUUAUGUGUUGGCUGGUAUUUUUCUGGUCAGUGAAUUUAUGUUUUAACUUUGAUUUUGAUGAUUUGUAUAGAAAUUAACAUUUUAAAAAUGUGAUCACAUUUGUCAGAUUUUCCCUUUAUGGCUUGUGUAUUUUAUAUCUUGUUUAAGAAAACCUUGAGGUUAUAAAGAUAUUUGGUAUUUUCUUCUGAAAAUUCAAAGUUUUGCUCUUUAUACUUAGGUCUUUAAUCUGAAAUUGACUUUUGUGUCAGGUGGUAUGUAGAAAUCUUAACUUUUUUUCCCAUUUGAGUUGUCACUUGUCCUCAAACUACUCAUUAAUGCGUUCUUUCUCUUUUGUCACUUAGCCAAUUUCCUUUAUGUAUGUAUGCAUGUAUUUCCUGGCUCUAUAUUCUGUAUAUUCUCUUUGUCUGUUCUUGCACCAAUGCCCUUAUUGUUCUUAUUUCCUAUAGGUUUAUAAUAAGUCUUGAUAUAUCUGAUAAAGAUAGCCAGCCCCCCUCCUUCGGAAUUACCUUAACUCUUCCUAAUCCUUUACUGCUCUUUGUGAAUUUUAGGGUCAGCUUGUCCAUUCUGUAAGAAACAAAACAACAAUCAAAAACUUGUCUUAAGAUUUUGUUUUAAUUUACAGUGAAUCCGUAGAUUAGUUUGGAGAGAAUUGACAUUAUUGAUUUAGAGUCUUACUGUCUAUGCACUUAAUAUAUUUCUCUACUUAGGUCUUUUUUAUGUCCUUUAAUAAAGUUUUAUGCUUUUCUUCCUAAAGUUUUUUUUUUAGUACAUUUUUAUUGAGGUAUAAUUUACAUAGCAUAAAACUCACCCCACUCUAUAAAGUUCUUGCAUAUAUGUUGUUAGGUUUUUUUUACCAGGUACCUUUUAAUUUUUAUUUUGAGAUACCUUGUAGUUAUUGUGUGAUAGUCUGUUUGCUUUCUAAAAUUUUUGUCCUGAUGCAUAGGAAAGUUUUACCCGUUGUUUUCUCAGUUUGGGCUGGCAGGAAAAAAUUGUCUUAAGAAAUCUGAAAAAGACUGAGGACCUUUUAUUUUCUUUCAUGAACUAGGAUAGGAGAGAAACCCUCAUUGCAGCAUAUGAUGGUAAUGUGAAAAGGAGAGCUGGAAGCCCAGUCUCAGGCGAUUGAAGAAGAUAAAAGGGUGACAAGGAACUCUCCAAAUCUUAGACGUGUUCCUAAAUGUUCACACCAGCAGAAAGGAGGCCUGCCUCUAACUCCUCCCUUCCCUUCACGUUUAUAAUUGGUACCACUCUAUACAUUCAUGUAUCCAUUUAUUUAUUCAUAUUAUUUUUAAUUAAAAUAGGGAGUUCUUACUCUACACUAGGCUAAUACCAUACAUGUGGAAUUAAAAUGUUAUUCUGUAAAAUUAAAUUUUACAAAAGAGUGCUGUGAAAAAGACAUAAAGUUAGUUGGGUAGCCUUGCAACUAGGCUAUCAAUGUAACACUUUCUAAACCUCUUUUUCAUAUGUAUUUUUAUAUUUAGUCCUCAUAGCAGUCCUUAGUCACUUUUACAGAUAAGGAAAGUAUUGUUCCUGACAAAAAAUGAUUCAACUAUAAAAUGAUAGAACAUUUUAUUAUGAGUUGCCUCUGAUUUUGAUUCCUUUUGUAUAUAGUUCAUAGUAACUUCUACGUGAGUCGUCUUUGAGCACUGCGCAGAAAGGCAUUGUAUAAAGCGAUCUAAAAAGAAUACUGCGAGAAAACCACUAAAAAGUCAGUGACAUAACUCCCGUGUUUAUUUCCUACACCUGACACCAAGGCAGCCACCUUAGUUUGUAGGUACUCCCUGUGCAGUGUUACUUAAUAAUGAUAAGUGAAAGCUUCUAACAGGCUGAGAGAUUGAUAUAGGGCAGAAACUGAAGACGUAAAGGAAACCUGCAGUGAUUAACUGAGCAGUGACUUAAAUUUCUACUCUUAGAAUUACUCUUCAUUCCAUUUUCAAAGAACUUCUCUUUAAGAUUCUGGCCACUUGGCCUUUCUGAUCCUUUCAACACAAUGGAACAUAUUAGGAGAUUAUGGCAUCCAUGCAAGUCACUAUAUAUGCCUUGUUUCCUGGGUCCACGGGAAGCAUGAGUCUGUUGGGACUUGGGACAAGAAGAAAACAAGACAUCUUCACAAGAAAAAACAGACAUUAACAAAAAGUAUCCCAAAGUCUGAAGAGCUAGGACACAAACAUGGCCGACAGAGGACUUAGGGAUCCUGCAGAGGCCUCUCAAGAGGAUUUGAAAAAUGACCCAUCAGUAAGUUCUCAGGCACAGGAGACCAUAGUCACAGCAAGUACCACUGAAGAAGCUCAGACCCCAGACCCUGUCUGUGGUCUUAACAAAGUCCACCAAGAGGUAGAAAAUAUAGGUCCAGGAAGUGCAGACGCAGGUGAUCAAUCAGAAGAUUCAGAUGAAACAAAUUAUGGGAACUAUCCAAAGGAUAAAACAGAGCAUGAGAACAACCAGAGCUUUCAGGAUGAAGAGCAAGGCCAUCAACUCCCUGAUUCAGAAAGUCCAGGUGAAAAACCCUUGGAUCCAGAACUCAGCUGUUCUCCAAGUGACAAGGUAGGAAGAGAUGAUGUGCUCUUACGAAGCGACUCUGCAGCCCUCCCUGAGGAAGUGAGCAGCGGACCUGGAGUUGCACAGGAGCCACCUGCCAUGGACCCUCAGGAUGCCCCAAGCCCUGAUCGUUCCCAUGCAGGGCCAGAGAACCAGGGCACAGUGCGGAGGCGACUGCUGGCGCCAGCAGAGGCUGCAAGUCAUCAACAGGAAACACAAAGGUUGGAAGAAAAGAAAGAGAGUGCACUGGAUACCAGAAGAAAGAUGAACAAAAAGGAUUAUUUGCGUUAUGGCUCCAUCUUUUUUGGCUCUGUGGUCACAACUCUUGUUUUGCUAAAUUGGGGUAAUAGCUACUAUUCCUCUUCAGCCCAGCAAGUGCCCAAAAAUCCAGCUUUGGAGGCCUUUUUGGUUCAUUUCAGCCAACUGAAGGAUAAAUUCCCAGGCCAGAGUUCCUUUUUGUGGCAGAGAGGACGUAAAUUUCUCCAGAAACACCUCAAUGCUUCAAACCCCACUGAGCCAGCCACCAUCAUAUUUACAGCAGCUCAGGAGGGAAGAGAGACCCUGAAGUGCCUGAGCCACCUCGUUGCGGAUGCCUAUACCUCUUCCCAGAAAGUCUCUGCCAUUCAGAUUGACGGGGCUGCAAGAACCUUGCAGGACAGUGACGUGGUCAAGCAGUUGGUUGACACGGAGCUGAGCUCAGGAUUUGAGAAUGGCCAGAAGGCUGCUGUGGUGCACCACUUUGAAUCCCUUCCCGCAGGCUCUACCUUAAUCUUCUACAAGUAUUGUGACCAUGAGAAUGCUGCCUUUAAAGAUGUGGCCCUGGUCCUGACUGUUCUCCUAGAGGAGGAAACAUUAGAAGCAAGUGUCGGCCCAAGGGAAACUGAAGAAAAAGUGAGAGAUUUCCUCUGGGCCAGGUUUACCAACUCAGACACUCCCAGCUCCUUCAACCACAUGGACUCUGACAAAUUGAGUGGCCUCUGGAGCCGGAUUUCACACCUGGUGCUGCCCGUCCAGCCUGUGAGGGACAUCGAAGCACAGGGGUGCCUUUUAUAAGCUAAGCACGGAGUUGGUUUUUGAGGCCUAGAUUUAUUAAAAAGUUAGUUGAAGAGCCUUCUGUUUCUGUGGAAAGAGGUUAUGAAAAGCCUGGAGAACACAAAUGAGCUUAUUUUAGAAAAAAAUUCUCAUUUUUUACCUUUUGUAAAAUCUUUCUAAGCUUGACAAAACUUGACUUUUUUCCCUGGCCUUUGAAGCAAAUCAGGUUUGAAAUCUGCAUAGAAUAUAUAACUGAGGCUUUUUUUUUUUUUAAUCCAGAAAUAGAGCAACAGAAUGAUUGCAUGGGAAGAUAAUCUUCUCAGAAUGACUAAAAUGAUUUUUGUUUUCUUGAGUCUAAGGAGUCUUUUGGGUAGUGUUUGGACUGAACUACAGCAGUUACAGUUCUGAAGCAAGGAUAAUUUAAAAAAUUUUUUUCUAUCACAUAUUAAAGUAUUUUAAAAACUGA